AUGACGGACACGCUCGCCAGCGCUGCGGCGAAACUCCAGCUCGACGAGGAGACGGGCGAGUACGUCUCAAAGAACGAGCUGAAAAAGCGGACGCAGAAGCGAGCAAAGAAGCUGGCCUCGGAGGCGCGUGCAGCCCAAGCCAAAGAAGCUAGAGAAGCAAAAGACGCCCAAGAAGCCAAGCCAGUCACUGCUGCGGCAAAGACAGCUGCCGAGCCCAUUGACCCCGAGUCAAUCUUCAAACAGGGCUUCCUCUCGGACGUCUACAGCCUUCGUCCAGACACUGACGUCGUAACGCGGUUUCCGCCCGAGCCCAACGGAUUCCUACACAUUGGCCAUGCAAAGGCCAUUCUCGUCAACUUUGGGUUUGCCAAAUACCACGGUGGGAGGACGAUUCUGCGCUUCGACGACACCAACCCAGAUGCCGAGAAAGAGGCGUAUUUCACCGCCAUCCGGGACAACAUUCGCUGGCUAGGCUUCAAACCGAAUGCAAUCACCUACACCAGCGACAAUUUCGACAGGCUCUAUGACCUAGCCGAGACACUCAUCGGCCUCGGUCGGGCCUACGUCUGCCACUGCAGCAAAGAAGAAACGCAAAAGCAGCGCGGCGGCAAAGACGGCAAAGACGGGCCCCGCUACCGCUGUGUUCACGCUGAACAAGAUGCAUCCACGAACCUGGCCAAGUUCCGGGACAUGCGCGACGGGAAAUACGAGCCAAAAGAGGCGUUCUUGCGCAUGAAGCAGGACAUCACGAACAAUAACCCGCAGAUGUGGGAUCUCGCGGCAUACCGCAUCCCGCAAGACAGGACACCGCACUUCCGCACGGGCGACAAAUGGAAGAUCUAUCCGACGUACGACUUUGCCCACUGCCUCUGCGACAGCUUCGAGGGCAUUACCCACAGCCUGUGCACGACCGAAUUCACCCUGUCGCGCGAGAGCUACGAGUGGCUGAACCACACACUGGGCGUGUACGAGCCCAUGCAGCGCGAAUACGGCCGGCUCAACAUGACGCAUACGGUGAUGAGCAAACGCAAGCUGAAAACACUUGUCGAGUCGGGCCAUGUCCGCAGCUGGGACGACCCGCGCCUGUUUACCAUCAACGCCCUGCGCCGACGCGGCAUUCCCCCUGGAGCGAUCCUGGCGUUCAUCAAAGAGCUGGGCGUCACCACGGCCAAGACGACCAUCCAGGCAUCCCGUUUCGAACAGGCGGUGCGCGGGUAUCUGGAGACCAGCGCGCCGCGCUUGAUGCUGGUGCUGGAGCCGCUGCGUGUCGUUCUCGACGACCUCGGCGACCUGGAAGGGCAGGCACUCGACGUGCCGUUUUCGCCCAAAGACCCGUCCAUGGGCAGCCGCACGCUGCACCUCACGUCCACGGUGUACAUUGACCGCGCCGACUUCCGCGAAGCGGACAGCCCCGGGUAUUUCCGCCUCGCGCCCGGCAAGACGGUCGGCCUGUUGCAGGUGCCGUACCCCAUCCAGGCCACGAGCUUUACCAAAGACAGCCGCGGCAACGUCACCGAAGUGCGCGCCGUUCUUGUGCGCGACAGCAUGAAGCGCGCCAAGACGUACAUACAGUGGGUGCCGGACGGCGAAGGCGCCAAGACGGUGGAGGUGCGCGUGCACGGCCCUCUGUUUACAGCGGAGAACCCGGGCAGCGGAUCGGUCGACUUUCUGCAGGAGAUCAACCCCGACAGCGAGACCAUCUACGCCGAAGCACGGGUGGAGGCGGUGGGACUGGAGGAAGUGCGGAGGCGGGCCUUGACGCCGCCGACAACGACGAGCACGGACGGUGGCCGUGACGAAGAGCCGCUGCUCGGACCCGAGUGUGUGCGGUUCCAAGGCAUGCGUGUUGCCUACUUUGCCAUGGACUCGGACAGUACUGACGACCGGGUUGUUCUCAACCGCAUCGUGUCACUCAAGGAAGAUUCUGCAAAAUGA